CGGCGGGGCAGCGGCAGCCGCAGUCGGGAAGUGGAGCGGUCGGCGGGCGUUUGGCUGGGCGGCGGCGGCGGAGUGUGAGGCGAGGCGAGGAGCACCGGGGUAAUCUUACCUUGUGGCUUGUUGAUGAGGCCUUGUCCAGUUGGAUAGCCUGUCAGCAGGCAUCUGAGAUUUACAAUUGGAAAAUGGCCACUUGAAUGAAGUGUGAGGAUUGAUUAAGAGAAACAAAGGCACCAUGGGAAACAUCAUGGGACUUAUCAAGGGUCUGUUUGGGAAGAAGGAGAUGCGCAUCCUUAUGGUGGGACUGGAUGCUGCAGGCAAAACCACAAUACUGUAUAAACUCAAACUUGGGGAAAUUGUGACAACAAUCCCUACCAUUGGUUUUAAUGUGGAGACAGUUGAAUACAAGAAUGUAAGCUUCACUGUAUGGGAUGUGGGUGGUCAAGACAAAAUUAGACCCCUCUGGCGUCAUUAUUUCCAGAAUACACAAGGUUUAAUAUUCGUGGUUGACAGCAAUGACCGAGAGCGCAUCAAUGAGGCAAGGGAGGAGUUGUCUCGAAUGCUUGCAGAAGAUGAACUGAGAGACGCUGUACUACUGGUCUUUGCAAAUAAGCAGGAUUUGCCUAAUGCAAUGAAUGCUGCAGAAAUCACAGAUAAAUUGGGAUUACACCAGAUAUGCCAAAGAGCUUGGUACAUCCAAGCAACAUGUGCUUCCAGUGGCGAUGGUCUUUAUGAUGGACUUGAUUGGCUGACCGGUCGACUCUCAGGACACAAAUGAUCCAUUCCACUUCUCAAAGUCUCUGCAUGACCAGCCAUGUGUGUGUGUUUGUGAGAGAGCGUUUGAGUGGGAGCAGUUUCCUCACCAUGUGCCUUUUUAUAAAUAUAGAUGGGUUUGGGACACUACUUGUAAGAACUGGUAUUAUGGACAAUGAUGAAAGUAUUUUACUAAUGGAAAUGAAUGGCUAUUUUUGAAAUAGUUGCUGAAUAACACUUGCAGACCUAAAAUAAAUUUACAAUAUGUAAUUGCUAGCUGACCAAAAAUUAAGAACAUGGAUGCUAUUUAUGGUCCCUUUCCUAAAUUGAUGGAGGGAUAGGGGGAGAGAGAAUGUACCUGAUCACCAGCAAAUUUUGUAGCAAUUGAACAGGAUUGCAGACCUUGGUUUGCAAUCUUGCUUAAUUGUCUCCUGAGUCUGAGGGGUGCAGCUUGGGUUUAAAUUGUACAUGUUGCACUCCAUGUGCCAAAAAAUUUGGUGGUGUGGAAAAUUGAAAAUGCAUCUUGGAAGGAAAUAAUUUGAGUACUGGCUGGUGUUUUAUGGCUCUGCAACCAUUUCAUCAAAAUUGCCCAUGUAUGAGUGAGUCUACUCUGAAUGGUGCAAUUUUAUGGAUUUUUUUCUUUUAGGAACUUGCAUCCUACAAUUUAAUGUUUAUAGGUCACUGAGGGAGCUGCUCCCACUCCUUGUUUUGUAAAGAUAUUGAAUGACACUUGUAUGUAUUUGCUGUGGGGAGGGCGAAGGGUGAAAUGCAUAUAAUAAAUAUCUAACCCCUUUUUUUGUUUGGAAACUACCAAGACAAGCCCCAAAAGAUAAACAGCACCCCCCUCCAAAAAUAGUGCUUGGCAUCUCCAUCUGUGCAAUGACACUACGGACACAAAUGGAAUUUGAAAUUGCACACCUAUUUUCCAGGAAGCUUUCCCAGCAUUCUGACAUUUUUCAAAAAAUAAAAUAGAAAACUCAUUAUAUUUCAUUGAUAAUUUAGAGGUUGGGUGGAGUAUUUAUCCUGUACAGAUCAGUAGCAUGCAUUUCAAAUUGACUUGUUCAUUGUAUAUUAAUAACCAGUUGAAUACUGAUCUAUCUUCAAAGACAAAAAAAAAUUAUGCUUCUUGCAGGCAUGUUUUAAGCUGUAGAGUGCAACCUUGUAAAUUGUAACAAUAUGAAAGGAAAAAGUCUGCAGAGAAUUAUUGGUUUCAAUUUACACUGAUUAAAUUUAAGAAAAUGUAAGUAUAUAUUUUGCUGGGGCAUAUUAUGCUUGAAUCCAAUAGUGGAAAUCUGAAGCUUAGUUGUGGAAUAAGGUUUUUCUGUAGCAAAAUAACAGAAGGUGUGCACAUUGAUUUUUGAAUUUGAUCUGAAGAAGGUCAGCUUAUUUUUAACAAAAUCUGUAAACUUGUCUUGGGAUGCAUUAUAUAUUGAAGAUAUCUUUAUUAGAAUAAAUGUUAGCGUUACAUACCAGCGUGUUUGAGUGCCUGUGUAUGACCAAACUCCAGACAUUUGUGGAUGUGUUUGAGGAAGGCGUGGAGAAGGGAACUUGUUUGCAAAUAUUUCUGCUGCCAAUAAAGGUUUGUUCCCCUU